AUGCUCCCCACCGUCGUAUUCUUGCUUGGCCCUUUGCGCGACGCGUCUCGCCCUUGCUCGACAGGGAUUAUCGAUUACCACCGCAGAACUGGCUCGAUACCCAAACCCUUCGCCGAACCAGCGUUGGAAAUGCCGGCGUUCCCAGCCAGCACUCUAGACGGCCCAUCAAGUGCCCGCAAUUCGUGGGUAAGCUUCUUGGGCAGUCACCGCUUCCCCAGCAACCGCUCCUCCGUGCUUUCAACCGCGUCCUCCAACAUUAGCGCGACCACAGGGUCGACGCGUGAAGUCCGCCAGACGUUUGAUCCCGUUCUUCCCGACGAAUUGCUUAUUAGCGUAAACGAACAACUGACGGUCGUCCAGUCCUUUGAUAAUGGGUGGUGCGUGGUCGGUCGCGAGAACAAGUCUCUAUUCGCCACCGCCAAAUCCCUCUUCAAAUCAGCUCCAGCUGCGGAGGCUGAAACUUGA